AAAAAAUAGUGAGCGUCAGAACAGUCAACAUUAAUUUUUAUUCCGGUACAUAUAAGAAACAGUUUAUAAAAUGUCUCUCAAAUGUUUAUCGAUUCUUUGCUUCUUCAUCGGGAUCGCCGAAAUGAGGUCAAUUACAACAAGCAUUCAUGGAUCAAUAAUGACAGUGGAAAAAUGCGAUUGGAAUAUUCACAAUACAUAUGAAUGUACUUCUAAAAACUAUGAUAUCUCUCAGGGUAUAUCUAUUACCGACGAUGAAGUUUCUCUUGGUGGUCAUAAUGGUAUUAGUAUUAAUAUAAAUAACAACGACGACAGCGAUGAAGAAGAAUCAUGUCCAAGUGAAACCAGCGGAACCAUUGCUAUUAAUAACGAUAAUAACAAAGUUAAAAAUUGUGUCUUCGAUAGUAUAACUGGUUCGCUUACUAUUAAAAAUGGAAAUAAUAAUGAUAAUACCAUCACUAUUAAUCAUGAUAGCAAAGAAAUAAUAUUGCAUAGUGGAAAUAAUAAUAACGAUAAAAUAAUAAUUAACGGUAAUAGUGAAAGUAUAAUUGUCAAUCAGGGUCACAAUAAUAAUCUUGAAAUAGUAAUUGCCGGUAAUAGUAAAAAAGUAAUAGUUAGUAAUGAAAAUAAUAACGUUUGUAAAAUAACUGUUAAUCGUGAUAGUAAAGAGAUUCAGAUUAGAAAUGCUCAUAAUAACGAAAAUGAGGUAACUGUUAAAGGACAAAGAGGAUUGAUUCGUCCAUUUGAUCUCGUUGGGGGAAAUAAUGUCAUGAAAGUUAAUGGUCAUAAUUAUCAAUUUACUGACGACCAAAUUAAUUAAUUGAUAAGAGUAAUAAUUGAAAAUAAAUUAGUCAGACAUGAUGACAUAUGAUUAUGGUUAAUUAUGUACAUGGAAAAUAGUAUCCGUUUAUAGUAAUUAUUAAUAAUUAAUCUAUGAUUGUUUGUUGAAAUACUAUUUGAAUUAUAAAUGAUUGCAAAAAAAAAAAACUUGAAAUAUUUCUUUAUUGUUUUAUUCCAAAUUUUAAUAGGGAAGUUGUAAAAAUAGAGAUGUAUCCCUGCUUGAAAAAUCCGAUAAAUUCUUGUAGGUGUGUGUAUAAGGCCCUGUACUUAACUGUAGCACUUCUCAUAGAACUCAUUCAUCCUUAUAAAAUCUCUAUAAGAAUUUAUGAGAAUCUAUUUUUGAUUCUAUGAGAUUUUCGAAACAUGGAUGAUAAUUAAUUGAGAUGAUGAUUGCACUAAUAUAUGAUCUUAUAUGAGAACGUGUAAUCAUAGGUGAUAUUAUUUGGUUACCCGGGAAAAAUUGUUUUUAUAAAAUUUUAUAAAAUAAUAUAAAAUUUUAUACAAUUUCAUAAAAUUUUGUAAGAUUUUAUAAAAUUUCACAGCAAAAUUUUACAAAAAUUCAUACAAUUUUAUAGAAUUUUAUAAAAUCUUAUAGAAUUUUAUAAAGUUUUACACAAUUUUAUAACAAAAUAUAAAAUUUUAUAUUGAUGUAUCAAUAUCUUCAUCAUUGCCCUCGCGGAUUCGGGGUUACUGUGAAAUCACAGUGAAAUCAAUUUUACCGUAAGUUUACUGUGUAUUGAUGGUAAUUUCAUAGUGAAUUCACAGUCGUUUUGUGCCAUUUCGUCACUCUGGUUAUAUAGUAAUUUUACAAUUAAAUUACCAUACUUUCAUGAUAAUUUUACUGUCGAUCAGCUAUCGAUUUAUGGUAACUCAACAAUGGUAACACUGAGGCUUUAUCAUGGGUUCACAGUCAGUUUAUCGUGAUUUCACUACGAAUUCACUGUGAUUCCAUAGUAAUCUGAUAGUGUUAACUCUGUGACUUUACAAUAGUUUCACAGUCAGUUCAUAGUGGUUUAACCAUGAAUUUACCGUGAUCCCAUGACAACCUAGUAGUAUUAGCACUGUGACUCUAUGAUAUUUUCACAGCAAAUUAUUAGCGUUUUCUCCAUGAUUUCACUCUACUUUGAUAGUGAUCUGAUACGGUACAUUUAUCAUUAAUCCAAUUUCAAAAUAAAAAAUUUGAAUUUUUAAUGUCAUUAAUCGAUAGAAAUGGAAUUAAAAAAAAAUAAUAUCAAUUAUUUCAUAAAUGCUCCUAUAAUUAUUUGUAAGUUUAGCAAAUAUUUGGGCACAAAUGUAUUUUAUUUAUUAUAAAUUUAGCUAUUUUAGGAAUUUCCGAGCGAAACUUUAUCUGUAAUUGUCUAAUUUAGUUAAUUUUAUAAAAGCU